CAAAAAUCCGAAAGAAUUGAUCUGACCCUGCAAAUCCAUAGACCUCCUCCGGUCCUCCCUCUCGCUUUACCUCUGGAGAACUUGACGGCGACUGCGUCUUCCUCCCCCGUCGAAACACAAAAACCCGUCAGGUGACUUCAUCUACUUCGCUACUCUCCGAUUUUAGAAGCCUUAACACUGGAAUGUGAUGAUUUGUGUCUGAAUUCGUGCGAAUUGCGUCCUUGUUGUAUACUUAGUAUUCGAGGUUGUCUCUGUGGAAUCUUCGGUUCAAUUUUGUGAGCAAAUAUGCUUUACGAAGGCUAUUUAAAAUAUAUGAAAGCGAAAUACGGCGAACGGUCGCAGGGAACUUACUUCAUGGCUGGAGAGGAUCUGAUAAGCAAAUUACCUGAUUCUCUGAUAACUCAGAUACUCUUGUAUCUCCCAAUAAAGGAUAUUGUUAGGACUAGUUCUUUGUCCAGUAGGUGGAAAAGUCUCUGGCUUUUGAUUCCUCGGUUGGAUUUGGACUCUGAAGAGUUCCAAGAUUACAAUGCCUUUGUGGGUUUUAUGAACAAGUUCAUAGAUUUCUCUGGGGAAGAAAAAAUAUGCUUGGACAAGCUUAAGCUAAGUAGUCGGAAGACUGUGAAUGAUCUGCCUUGUGUCACGCGGUGGAUAGACUUUGUGGUUAGGCGUAAACUUAAACAUCUUGAUGUUGAGUGUCUUGUGAAUCGUAAGUUUUUAGAGGAGAUGCCUUUAAGUCUUUAUGUUUGUGACACACUGGUAAAUCUAAGACUCCAUCGGGUAUUGUUGGGUAAGUUUGAGGCUGUGUCUUUACCUUGUUUAAAGACUAUGCGUUUAGAAGAAAAUGUAUAUGCCAAUGAUGUGGUUCUAGAGUCACUUAUCUCGUCUUGCCCAGUUCUCAAAGAUUUGAUCAUUCUUAGAAUGUUUGAAGAUAACGUAAAGGUCCUACGAGUGCACUCUCUGACACUAACCAGUCUUAAUAUAGAUUUUAAUUUUGGGGAGGGUGAUGACUUCGUUGAUGGUUUUGAUAAAAAAGUCUCAGGGGUUUUGAUUGAUGCACCUCGACUCAAGUAUUUGAAAUUCCAAGAUGAUCUAUCGGGGAGUAAAAUCAUAACCAAUUCGGGCUCCUUAGCCAAGGUCAAUGUUGUUUAUGUCUUCAAUGAGAAUGAUUGUGCUGAUGUUGUUGACAUACCAAGACGAAAUAUGGUCCGUAAUUUCUUAACCAGUAUCUCGGGAGUUAGCGAUAUGAAGAUCUCUCAGCAUUUUGUGGAGUUUCUCUAUUAUUACAAGGACUUCGACCCACUGCCACAGUUUUGCAACCUUUCCCGUUUAAAAGCCGAGAUUUCUUUAUACUUUCUGGAAAUUCUGCCAACCAUUCUUGAGAGCUGUCCCAAUCUGAAAUCACUCGUCAUGGUGUUGGUGAUGACUCGCACAACCCUUGAGCUUUUACUCAAAAUACUUUGAGGAAUGUGUUAUCUUAUAUUCAUUCCUUUUUGUUUGUUUGUUUGGAAUGUUGUCUAUAUGUAGGAAUUUUAUCUGCAGGAGGAGGAUGAGCCAAUAAUAUUCUCAUCCGUACCUCGGUGUUUGGUUUCGUCACUCGAGUCUGUAGAGAUAAAAAAAUUCAACGGAAGGCCUGCUAAAAUGGAAGUAGCAAGGUACUUUUUAGAAAACUCUGGAGUUCUCCAAAAACUUGUUCUGCAUUUGAGGUGUUCCACGCAUGAAGAUGGAUUUUACAUUUUAAAGGAUCUCCUUGCAUUGCCCAGAGGAUCUAGCACAUGUCGAAUCGUAGUUUGUUGACGGCUUGAAAGGUUUUAGGUGGGGCUGUGAUCAGAUUAAGACUAGCAAUCUAGCAUUCCCAGCUGAUUACUUAAAUUGUACUUGGAUUUCUCAUUUUGUUGCACUCUAUUAUGAUGUCUUUGUGAGCUUUUGGCUACUAGUUCUGGAUGAUGUUGAGAAUUCUUUGUGUCUCUUCCCUUCUCUGAAGCCAUCUUUCUUGUCUUAUCUGUUGUCGUGAAUGACUAAUGGGCUUUGAGAUGAAACUUUUGCUCUUGGGCCUUGACCCAU